GUGCCCCGCGGUAUGAUGAAGUCGGCCAUGUCGUGGUAACGGCGAGCGGAGCUGCAGGAAGACGGAGAGGAAAAAAGGAGAGAAGAGUUGAGAGCACAGAGCGGAGGAGAGGGUUUCUGAGCGAGGGACGUACCUGCGCAGCCAGAGCGGUGUUUGUGAUCCGUAAUCGGAGCGUUGCUGCUGCGGUUGUUGUUGUAGAGUGAAGCGCGGCGGCAGGAUGAGCGGAGGCACUCCGUACAUCGGCAGUAAGAUCAGCCUGAUCUCCAAGGCCGAGAUCCGAUACGAGGGCGUCUUGUACACCAUCGACACCGAGAACUCCACCGUCGCCCUCGCUAAAGUCAAAUCCUUUGGCACCGAGGAUCGUCCUACAGACAGGCCGGUCGCUCCCCGAGAUGAUGUCUUUGAAUACAUCAUCUUUCGUGGGAGUGAUAUUAAGGACUUGACUGUUUGUGAGCCACCAAAGCCCAACUGCUCUUUGCCCCAGGACCCGGCUAUUGUACAGUCGUCUCUGGGCUCGUCUGCAACUCCUUCUUUCCAGCCAGUGGGCCCCUAUGCCUCUUUCACCCGGACACCUGUUCAUGCAUACAGCCAGUUCCCCAACCCCCUGAUGCCCCAGCCCAUCGGGAGCACUGUUGGCGCGGGAAGUUCAGGGUCCGCGUUCAGUAACGACACGAGCGUAACCGCCCCUCUGUCCCAGAGCACUGUCCCCUCGGACUCUGUCUCUCUGAACACGCGUGUGACCGAAGCUCGUGCCAGCCCGUCACUGGACCCCCUGCGGAAGAGCCCAACCCUUGAGCACCCAGCGCAACCCACGCCUCUAGCGCCCCCUGCUGCAACUGGCUCUGUGAGUCAGAGGAGUCCUGGAGGAGGUAGACCUGCUCUUGGCUCCCAAAAACAGCCUGCUGAGAGCCAGGAGCAGACCAGAGUGGCUGAUGCUGAGAAGGCUCCCCGACCAGAAUCGGACUUGGGCAAAACUGAGAACCGUGACGCCAGCAAACGCCAGCUGGGUGCCGGUGCUCCUAUAGUGCGAAGAGGUAGAGGAGGAGGCGGAGGAGGCAACAGCGGCAGUGGUGGUGGAAGCCAGCGUGGACGGGGCCGGUUUAACGUGCGCAGAGACGGAACAAUGAAGUUCGAGAAGGAUUUCGACUUUGAGAGCGCAAACGCCCAGUUCAACAAGGAGGAGAUCGACCGCGAGUUCCAGAGCAAGCUCAAAAUUAAAGAUGAGAAAGCCGUGAACGGAGAGGAUAAAGGCGACUCGGGCGUGGAGACGCAGAACAGCGAGGGCAACGUAGAUGAGGAAGAUCCACUGGGACCCAACUGCUACUACGACAAGUCCAAGUCUUUCUUCGACAACAUCUCCUGCGACGACUCCAGAAAAGAAAAAGAUGGAGGUGGCAGGGAGCGGAGGAAGACCUGGGCAGAGGAGAGGAGGAUGAAUGCUGAGACCUUUGGCAUCCCCAUGCGUCAUAACCGCGGUCGCGGGGGCUACCGGGGCAGAGGAGGCGGUAUGGGCUUCCGCGGGGGCCGGGGCCGUGGGGCCAGCCGAGGCUCUUUCGGACCCCCUCGCGGCGGUGGCAGCUCUGGCUUCAGGGGAGGGUUCAGAGGAGGCCGGGGUGGCAGAGAGUUCUCCGACUUUGAGUACCGGAAGGAGAACAAAGUGGCAGCGUAGAGACCGUAAAGGAUGACAGCGCCGGCCCCGUCAGACCGGAGCUCCACUUUUCCCUCCUGCCUCAUAGAGACUUGUCUGUUUAUCCAUCUGUCCCAAAACCUGGACUCACACCUCCUUUCUGCUAUCUCUCGCUUUUUUAGGGGAAAAAAAACAAAACCAAUUUGGAAGGCAAUCUUUUGAUCUUUUCUUUCAUAUGCCCACAGAGGGGAUGAGGACUUUGUGUACAAAAUCCGUAACUUUAGUGGAAUUAUUAUUAUUAUUAAUAUUAUUAUUAUUAUUAUUAUUCAGUAUUUUUGCAUCAACAUUGUAGUUCCUUUCUUACAAAAAACAAGAAAAGAAUUAAAGAAUUGUAUUUGAUAAUGUUCCUGUUAGGUGUACAAACGUAUGCAGACACCCGCUGAUACUGUGAGCCCCAUCAGUGAAAUAGCUUUAUUUUUAUUUGUUUUUUUUGUUUUCUUUCUCUAAUGUAUCUUAUAGAAGCACCAAAACUCUGUAUUAUACGUACAUAUAUAUCUUGUAGGGUCACAGUGAAAGCUUGUCAGCCCUUACCGUUCAGCCGCAAGUGCAGUAGACUGCUGUGUCGUAGGUUUCGAUGUGGGAGGGAACUCGCGCACUCGUUUCCACAGGAUCUGUGUGGAAGGUAGGUAGGCAUUUAUACAGGCAGUGCUUUAUUUUGUAGACGAAACUUUCUUUUUUUCUUUUGUAGUAAUUAUUUUCUAGUCCCCUGUAUGUUUUCUAGCUGUAUAGUGUGGUCCAGCCCUUUUGUAAGGUCUUAUUACAUGUGAGGUCAGACAACUCUUAUAUCUACCUGUAGCUCAUCUCGCGAGGCUGACCUUGGUUCAAAAUUAGCUCUUGAUUGAAUGUACUGAUAAUGCCAAUGCGAAUUUAUUAGUAGCACACAGGGAAGAGGAGGUGUUUUUGGUGUGAACUGUUUUGAUUUUCUCGUCCUUUAACGAACUAUUCCCAGCUAUCUUUUACAGUGCCAUCAUAGACAGGAAGCUUUUUUUCAGGACUGCUUUUUUUUUCCCCCCCUUUUUUUCUUUUUGUUCCUAUUUUUAUGAAACUGAAGAUGGGUGUGCACAUUUGCUUAAUUUUUCUUUGAUAACUGAGUGCCAGUGAUUAUUGCCUUUUGAUGUCGAUUAUGUAGAUGUCACUUUGUUAUAGUUCAAUAGGGCUCUUUGGUACCGGUGCACGUUCGCAGUCCGUCGCGGUCGCUCGCUUGAGGGUCGAGCCUUUAGAAUUGUAACAUUAAUUUAAAGACGAGACGCUCUUACAUUAUUUUUUUUGUCCUCUAGCCACAGUUUUAAUGCCAAGGUCUUCAGGGAUAGUCCAGCACACCCUUUAAGAUUGGAUUGCUUUCGAAAACGUAUUCAUUUGCACUUUAACGAUGAACGACGCCGCGGUAAGUCCAUUUUUAGGAAGUACCUAACUCAUCCCCUCGUUCUCUUCUCUUAGGCUGUCAGUUAGUAGCUGUAAAUGAACAGAUGCUCUGACGUGAAGCUAAUAGAUGAGUCGGUAAAGCCCACAGUGAGGAACCUUUUGUGCUAUUUGCGAGGUUUUAAAGGACUUAACUCUGAUGUGUAGUGUACGAUGGACUCAUGCAUUUUGGCCUGUAUGCAGGAAAAGAAUAGAAAAUUUGGCGCAAAACACAGUUAUACCAGAGUGAGCGCUUACACGUGAGUGGGUCAGCCGUUAUCUGAGCGCUCGGACAUUAUCAGUGGUAAUCGACCACAUGCUACAGAUGCUGCAGAUGGAGAUUAGGUUAAACAUGCUGGAGAAUUCCUCUUUCAUCUGCAGGGACACAGCUAUUGGUACAGGUUCUUCCUCUGCUUAUUCCGAUCACUUAGGCAGACCACAGAUCAGCACUCCCGAGACUUCCAGUCGGAUCACCAGGAUUCGCUUGACUAGAUUGAACCAAACUGGCCGCGGUCACAGACGUUGGGGUUCGGUCUGUCACAGCGCGACUCUUCUGCUUAAGAACCCACAGUGUGUGAUGAGUUAGCUGUGUUGCUGCCUCAGGUAGCGCGUUAGGGAUAGUUGUAUAUCAGCAGGUGGUCGCCCUCCUUGGGAAGUGAGUUUGAAUGAGUUUUUGGUUUUAAAUCCAUAAAACUGGGUUGGUCUGGUCAGUUCUUCUCUAAGCCAUGCUAUGAAUGACAGGCCGUGCUUUAUUGCUAUUUUUUUUUUUUCUUCUUUUCCCUGAAUGUCAGUGAAGCGUGUUCAGCUUCACUACCAGCGUUUGGGAAUUUGGAUCUGAACUGAUUUUUUUUUUUUUCUUUCUUUCUUUUUACAGAGGAAAAAACUAAAAAAUAAAAAAAAUAAAGGAUCUAAACAUUGGCUAAGUGACAAGGCAGAAAAUGAGAUGUUUCCGAAUGUUUCGCUUCGUUCCUUCUUGUUUUAAUAUCGAUGAGAUGCAGUGAGGUUCCGUGUUCCUGUUGUGGCUAAUUUAAUAGCGAUUACCUGUGUUGGCUAUAGUUUACUUCUUGUUGGCACUAAGUGACGAACCUUGCCUAGACGUCGCGUAUUGGUAGGCAGCUAGACGUUCAAAAUGAGCCGUUCUGAUUGGACGCUUUAGGGCUUGGAGCACAGCAUCGAUGGGAAAUGCCUUAACGAGCCACCUGAAAUCAUGAGUGAUGGGCUGUUUGUCAAAUGGCUCCCUGCUGCCCAGACAGUGCACUACAUAGGGCUUUUGAACCCUUUGAAGUGCACUAGGUCAGAUUUACUUUAUUUUUUGGACACAGCCUUGGUAGCACGUACUGCCCUGGGGAGGAAAUGUCCGGCAGCCCUGGACUGAUGCAAUAAUCUCAUUACUAUUAAGGACACCCCCUGUGCUCGUAUGAGAUUUCAGACUGUACAUAAAGUUUUCAUUUUGUAAAGGUGAUAAAGGAUUGUUUUCUCUCUCUAAGACUUCUGGAAGAAAUUUGAUUGGCGUUUGUUUUUCUGAAUAAAGCAAUUGUACAGCAUGGUGUACUUUCAGUGGCCAGAUUGAGGUUUUUAUUCAGACAUGAGAAAUAAAUAGUUGUUCAAAA